CAGAGAAGUUUCAUUGUUCACACGAUACAGGUACAGGCGCGAAUACCAAAAGUGUCGUCGAGUUCACACUCCAUUGUGAGAAAAUAGAGCAGAAGGAACAAAAGUUAAAUAAACACCAAGAAGAAGAAGAAAAGAGGAGGUAGAAAGUGUGAAUCCAGCAGCAUGAAUCAGUGUGAGGACAGAGAGGAAGGAGCCCCUCCCUCUAAAACCAGUCUGUGUGGGGACCAUGAGAACCAGAACAAAGCUCAGAGGUGUUUUUCUAUCAGGUCCCAUCAGAGACGAGGAUCUGCUGAACCUGGACCUGAACCUGGACCUGGACCUAGACCUGAACCUGGACCUAGACCCAGCUGUUUGUCUUUCAAGAGUGACCAGUCAAACACCCAUUUUAUUAAUUUCAAAGAUCAACCUGUGUCAGAGUCACAAGUGGACCAGCAGAGCUCAGAGGUUCCCAGUGCUCAGUCUGUCCAGCAGCACCAAACACAGCUGGACUCCAUAUUUAUGCUGCUGGAGGAAAACAUUGUCACGUUUGUGAAGAAGGAGCUGAAGAAGAUGCAAAAGGUUCUGAGUCCAGAUUACCCAGAAUGCUUAGAGAGUCAGAGGGAGGAUGAGGAUGAGUUGGAUGGUGAGGAUGAAGAGCAGAGGAAGAGCAGCAGAGACGCGUUUCUGAAGAUCACAGUGAACUUCCUGAGGAGGAUGAAGCAGGAGGAGCUGGUUGACUGUCUGCAGAACCCAGAUCUGAUGGUUCCAGUACCAGAGCCACGGCCCAUCACAUAUUACCAGCAGAUGCUUCAAUCAAACCUCCAAGACGAGUUUCUAUGUGUGAAACCAGGCUGGUCAGAAGUCGACCAACGUCUGGAUGACAUCUACACAGAGCUGUACAUCACAGCUGGGCCAGAUUCACACAUCAACACACAGCAUGAGGUCCAACAGCUUGAGACGACACAGCAGAAGCAAAGAUCAGCAGAGGAGCCAGUGAAGCCCAGUGACCUGUUCAAACAUCCCCCUGGUAAAUACAGACGCAUCAGAACAGUGUUGACCAAUGGAAUCGCUGGGAUUGGAAAAACAGUCCUUGUGAACAGGUUUGUGUUGGACUGGACCCAACAAAGGUCCAAUCAAGACGUGCAUCUGAUUUUCCCCUUCACCUUCCGUCGGCUGAAUCCACUGAAGGGACAGAAGUUUAGUUUGUCAGAGCUCAUUCAUGAAUGUAUCCCAGAAACUGAGUCCAUCAGCCUGGAGGCUCUGAAUUACAUCUUUACACAUCUACAGUCAUCAGGAAACAGCAACUAUGACAAGAGCAGCUUCAAACUUCUGUUUGUGUUUGAUGGACUGGACGAGAGUCGCCUCCAACUGGACUGUAGCACCAGUGAGAAGGAGACGGGUCAACGUGACGUCACAGAGUCCACCUCAGUGGAUGAGCUGCUGACAAACCUCAUCAGAGGAAAACUACUACGCUCUGCUCGCAUCUGGAUCACCACACGACCUGCAGCAGCCAAUCAAAUUCAUGGAGACUUUGUUGAGGUGGUGACGGAGGUCAGAGGGUUCACUGACCCACAGAAGGAGGAGUUCUUCAGGAAGAGAUUCACAGAUGAGGAGCGGAGCAACAGAAUCAUGUCCCACAUCAAGACGGCACGAAGCCUCCACAUCAUGUGCCACAUCCCAGUCUUCUGCUGGAUCACUGCUAUGGUUCUGGAGGAUCUGCUGGAAACCAGAGAGGGAGGAGAGCUGCCCAAGACCCUGACGGAGAUGUACGCAGAGUUCCUGGGGUUUCAGAUGGAUCGGACUAAAGACAAGUACGGACCAGAACAGUGCAGCAACUACAUCAAGUCAUUGGCUAAACUGGCUUUUAAGCAGCUGCUAAAGGGAAACUUGAUCUUCUAUGAGGAAGAUCUGAAAGAGAGUGGGUUCAAUGUCAGUGGAGCCUCAGUGUGUUCAGGAGUGAUCACAGAGAUCUUUAAACAGGAGCGAGGGAGGAAAACCAAGGACAAGAUGUUCAGCUUUGUUCAUCUGAGCGUUCAGGAGUUUCUGGCUGCUGUUCACAUGAUGCUCUGUUACACCAACGGGAAGAUGGAGAAACUGGAGAACUUCCUGAAAGACUACAAACACACAGAAUCAAUCCUUAAAAGAAUAAAACAGGUGUUUGUUCAUCCGUCAACUCUCUCAUCUUUGGAGGUUGUUGUGAAUAGAACCAUUUUUAAAUCCCUUCAGAGUCCAAGUGGCUACUUGGACCUGUUUGUUCGCUUCCUUCAUGGCCUCUGUCUGGAGUCCAACCAGAGAAUCUUGGGAGGUUUGCUGGGUCACACAGAGAACAGUCCAGAAACCAUCCACAGAAUCAUCAACAACCUGAAAAAGACAAGGAGUGAUAUAAUCUCUCCAGACAGAAGCAUCAACAUCUUCCACUGUCUGAUGGAGAUGAACGACCACUCAGUUCAUCAGCAGAUCCAAGAGUUCCUGAAGUCAGAGAACAGAUCAGAGAAGAAACUCUCCUUGAUCCAGUGCUCAGCUCUGGCCUACAUGCUGCAGAUGUCAGAGGAGGUUCUGGAUGAGUUGGACCUGAGCCAGUACAACACAUCAGAGGAGGGACGACGGAGACUGAUCCCAGCUGUGAGGAACUGCAGAAAGGGUCAGUAAGUCCAACGUUAAUGU